CACGUUGGGCCGAAGGAAUGCUUAUUAACAGCAGACAACGCCCAUUGUAUUGUGCAGAGUGCAUAGGGCAGCAGUUGGCAGUUUCCUCUGGGAACGAACGACGGAGUGAGGUUUCUCCUAACAGUAGCACCGGCGGAUAUAUAUUGUACUAGAUAUGGCGGAUGAUGACUUACCGCCGCCGAUAAGGUUGAUGAAUUUCGUCUCUGAAGAUCAGUUGAAAGAAGCUCGGAAGAGUCGCGGAGCUCGAGUCGAGGAUGGUACAGCCCAGAGAGAUCGAUCCCUUUACGAGAUUCUAAAAGAGAAUAAGGAUAAGAAAGAUGCGGAGUUUAACGAACGCUUCAAACACAGACCACCAAAAGCUCUGGAUGAAGAUGAGACGGAGUUUCUUGAUCAAUUAGAGAUGUCAAAGAAAGAAUUUGAGCGGCAUUUGGCUGAUGAAGAGGAGCAGCAGCUGCGUAGUUUUCAGGCAGCAGUGGCAUCACAGUCCAAUGUUAUACAAGAGCUAAAGGAAGCACCUUCAGUUCAGAAAAAUCAGGUGGUUGAACAGGACAAAAAUUCCUUAGCGGGAAGGAAGAAUCCUCCAAGCCGCCAUCCUUCUGCGAUGGUAAUCAAAGUAAAGAAAGCAAAAGUGGAAAGUCCAGAAUCACAGGAAACAGCAAGGGUGGAAAAAUCAAGUGUCGGGGGCAAGAUGGAUGAACAAGGGAGAAGUGGGGAUCUAGACAAAGGAAAUGUUGAGUUGCCUUCAAGGCCUGUAGUUAGUGGGCUGGUUGCAUAUAGCGAUGAAAGUGAGGAUGAUGAGUGAUGUUCAAUGUUAAACAUUCACUAGGUGUUUUAGGCAAUUUUGUGUUUCUGUAUCCUCAUCAUCGAAUAUAAGGGCCAGCUUUGACCUGUUUUGGGUUGGUUGGUUGGCUGGCUGGCUGGUGCAUGAUUUGGGAUUUGAUUGUUGUUAUAUAUUCUUUAUAGAAGGCGAAGUUCUUGGCAAAUGAACAUUAAAACAA